AUGCCGGUUAGUGUGAACUCCUCAUCAGACUGGAAGGCAGUGACUACGCCGGACACCACCAUCUUGGGUGUGGCUCAGGGAGCACGUGCAGCACGAGAAGGUGCAAGGGGUAAAUGUGCAGCAUGUAAGUACCAAAGAAAAUGGUGUCAGGAGAAUUAUCCGUUAGCUCCAUUUUUUCCAUCCAAUAAAUUUGAAGAUUUCAAAAAUAUUAAUCGACUUUACAAAGUAAGAACUAUCAUAGAGAUGCUUAAUUCUGUUGCUGACAAUGAGAAGAAGGCAAAAACGGUUGAAACCCUAAUUUUAGAGGCUAAGAAUAGAUCUGAAAAUCCUGUGUACGGGAGCAUUGCCAUUCAAAAUAAAUUGAGGUUACAAAUUGAAGAAACUAUGAAGGAGAUUGAUUUAGUGACGAAAACAACCGCUUAUUUCAAAGAAUUGCGUAAAAAGCGCAUUCUGCCCCAAGCUAAAUUUUCUUUAAUUUCCAUUUGA